GAACUUCAAGUUCUCGCUGAGAGUCCGCGAGAGAGCAAGGUGGGGAGUCGCGGCAUUGGCGGCCACGGUCGGGGCUCGGGCGGUCUCCGUAUAUCCCCCGGGGCAGCCUCCGCGGCGGCGUGGGCCGGCCCCUCCCCCGGGCCUCAGGCUCACGGCUGGAGGCUUCUGUGCGUCGGUUAGGUCCUGUUGGAGAGACUCAGGACUGCGAGGGAAAGUGAGCGGUAAGGGGCCUGGCCAGCCUGCGCCCGGCCUACCCGGCGGCUGGCGCCUUGACCCCGCCCCCUUGGGAUUGAUCUCUGAGCGGGUUCCAGGCGCUCUUCACUCGCGGUCCAAAGACGCGGGCGGUGCGGGCCAUGGAUCGCGUGGCUGCGUUGAGGGGCGCGAGGCUGCGGUGGGCGCUGCUGGGGACGCGGGUGGCCCUCCCUGGCCUUUGCCCGCACGGGGCCAGAGCCAAGGCCGCGAUCCCCGCCGCCGUCUCGGCCACCGCCGAAACUCCUGGAAACGGGCCUGGCGACCGGAGGCUGCGGACCCUGGAGGAGAUUCCGGGGCCGGGGCAGCUGCGCAGUUUCUUCCAGCUGUUAGUGCAAGGCUACGUUCUGCACUUACACAAGCUCCAGAUGCUGAACAAGACCAAGUAUGGUCCAAUGUGGGUAACCCGCCUAGGGCCUCAGAUGCAUGUGAACCUGGCCAGUGCCCCACUCCUGGAGCAAGUGAUGCGGCAAGAGAGCAAGUACCCAGUACGGAACGACAUGGAACUAUGGAAGGAGCACCGGGACCAACAGGGCCUGGCUUAUGGGCCCUUCACCACGGAAGGACACCACUGGUACCAGCUACGCCAAGCUCUGAACCAGCGGAUGCUGAAGCCCAGUGAGGCUGCGCUCUACACCGAUGCUCUGAAUGAGGUGAUUGACGACUUCCUGGCCCACCUGAACCAUCUUUUGGCAGAGAGUGCCUCAGGGGACCACGUGUCUGACAUGGCUCACCAUUUCUACUACUUUGCCUUGGAAGCUAUUUGCUACAUCCUGUUUGAGAAACGUAUUGGCUGCCUGGAGCGACCCAUCCCCCAGGACACCGUGGCCUUCGUAAGAUCUGUCGGGCUCAUGUUCCAGAACUCACUCUAUGUCACCUUCCUCCCCAAGUGGAGCCGUCCCUUGCUGCCUUUCUGGAAGCGAUAUCUGGAUGGCUGGAACACCAUCUUCUCUUUCGGGAAGAAGCUGAUUGAUCAGAAACUCAAGGAGAUAGAGACCCAGCUGCAGAAAAGUGGGCCAGAUGAAGUGCAGAUAUCUGGCUACCUGCACUUCCUGCUCACCAGAGGACAGCUCAGUGCUCAUGAGGUCAUGGGCAGCCUGCCCGAGCUGCUCCUGGCUGGCGUAGACACGACAUCCAACACAAUGACGUGGGCCCUGUACCAUCUUUCAAAGAACCCAGAGAUCCAGGCUGCCUUGCAUAAGGAAGUGGUGGGCGUGGUACCCCCCGGGCACGUGCCCAAGUACAAGGACUUAGCACACAUGCCCCUGCUCAAAGCUGUCCUUAAGGAGACCCUGCGCCUUUACCCCGUGGUCCCCACGAACUCCCGGGUCAUCACGGAAAAGGAAAUCGAAGUCAGUGGCUUCCUCUUCCCCAAGAACACCCAGUUUGUGUUCUGUCACUAUGUGGUGUCCCGUGACCCUGACAUCUUCCCUGAGCCAGAGAGCUUCUGGCCCUACCGCUGGCUGAAGAAGGGCCAGCCUGCUACCCCUGGGGUCCAGCAUCCAUUUGGCUCUGUGCCCUUUGGCUAUGGGGUCCGGGCUUGCCUGGGUCGCAGGAUUGCGGAACUGGAGAUGCAGUUGCUGCUGUCAAGGCUGAUCCAGCAGUAUGAGGUGGUCCUGGCCCCCGAGACGGGGGAGGUGAGGAGCGUGGCCCGCAUCGUCCUGGUUCCCAAUAAGAAGGUGGGCCUGCGUUUCCUGCAGAGACAGUGCUGAGCUGGGCCCGGGCCUUCCUGGAGCAGCCCCCUUCUCUCUCUCUCUCUCUCUCUCUCUCUCUCUCUCUCUGGCACAGUAAUUUCUGGCCACUGCUGUGUCUCAGACGAGAGGCUCCCAGACGCCAGUGGUCCAAGACAGUGUACUUUCUGUAGAACCCUGAGCUUUGGCCACUUUUAUAAUUUUGAACGUUUCCUUCUCAGAUAAAAGGCCACUUCUCCCCCCCGCCCUCCCCCCCCACCCCGGCAGUCACAUGGCUAUCUUUGGAAAAAAUAUAGAAUAAAGGGAU